AUGCUCUCGAUCAAUACAACAUGUAAUGCGACACUGGAUGAUAUGCGGAUUGGAGCCUCUGAAGUCCCAGUCGCUGGGUCCCUGACUUUCCACGAUCUGGGAAUCAUAAUCGCAGCAGCAUCUACAUUAAUAUCCAUUCUGUUCUCCUUCUACUUGAUGUGGAUGCACGCUCUCCACUACACAAAUCCUGACCAGCAAAGACACAUAAUCCGUAUUCUGUUCAUGGUACCAACCUAUUCAGCCGCCUCGCUGCUCGCCUUCUGGUACUACUGGCAUGCCAUCUACUUUCAGGUCAUAUCCGAAUGUUACGAGGCCUUUGCGAUCGCCUCAUUCUUCGCUCUCCUCUGCCACUACAUCGCACCGACUCUCCACGACCAGAAGGCUUAUUUCCGCGGCAUUCAACCAAAGGACUGGGUCCUUCCGAUCUCAUGGAUGAAGAAAUGCUGCGGGGGAGAGAGGGGGCCAUGGCGAACGCCAAGGAGCGGAUUGACCUGGUUCAACAUCAUCUGGACGGGCGUUUACCAAUACUGCUUCAUCAGGGUCUCCAUGACCAUCACUGCGGUGGUCACGCAGUACUUUGGUAAAUACUGCGAGUCUUCCAACUCCCCUGUAUUUGGACAUAUCUGGAUCCUCGUCAUUGAGGGUGCUUCGGUCACUGUGGCCAUGUACUGCCUAAUCCAGUUCUACGUCCAACUUCGAGUGGAUCUCGCCUCCCACCAUCCGUUCCUGAAAGUUGUCUCCAUCAAGCUGGUGAUCUUCCUCUCCUUCUGGCAAUCCUUCUUGAUCAGUAUCCUCACCUCUACAACACUGGAUGUAGUCAAGCCUUCGAGCAAAAUCGCUUACCCCGAUCUGAAAGUCGGCAUCCCAUCCCUGCUUCUCUGCAUCGAGAUGGCCAUCUUCUCCUUCCUCCACCUCUUCGCAUUCCCGUACAAGCCUUAUUCGAAGGGAAUACAGCCCUCCAAGUACCCUCUCUCGUCGGGCUUAUCUGUCAUUUCAGGCUCAGAUGCCAUUGGGCCUAAGCAGGGCGGUUUCCUCGGUCUCAAGGCCUUCGUAGAUGCAUUGAACCCGUGGGAUCUGGUGAAAGGCUUCGGACGUGGAAUGAAAUGGUUAUUUGUCGGCCGGAAACACCGUGAGAAUGAUCCUUCAUACAAGAACCAGCCAUUCAGCUUCGGUGCCCUUGCCCCUGACAACGACCACGAUAUGACUCUAGGCGAGACUGGAGCAACGGAUGGUGGAUAUAGGGGAGCAGGUCUACCUAUCGCGAAUGAAUUCCGCAAGAAUACCUUCGGAAUGCCGAACACAACAGCCCAGGAUGAGGAGGGCGUUGGUCUGAUCGCUCAUGCACAACCCAACCCCUUGGAUCCAGGCAGUUCGAAUUACGUCCCCACACAUCAGCGCUAUGAUUUGAACGGGCAGGAUAUAAGUACAGAAGGUACAAGAUACGACUUGCCAUACGGGGGAAGUCCAGAGCGCCUCCUGGGGAGGAAUCCAACCCCCGGCCAAAGCAUGGGCGAGUCACCCUACGGAAGGCUUCCUGAUCACCCCGAUCCACCCUACCCGAUCGGCCGAGGGGCAGGUAUCGGGAUGGCCAUCGAUGAACCAGAACCCUACCAAAGCCACGUCCCGUCCUCCCAAACCUAUCUCGAGCAGCGGCGAGCCGCGCGGCAAAACCCAAGCGAGCAAUGGAUGAACUCGAGUCGACCCGUAACACCCCCGAGAGCCCAAGGCACAGAGCUCUUCCUCAACGACGGGCGGCCGGCGCGGCAAGGCGGAAACGUGAUGUGA